CCACUCACGCCAAAUCCGUUGGCAGUGGCGGUUGUAGGGCCCGGGACAGCGGAACAUGGAGCAGCCGUGGCCGCCGCCGGGACCUUGGAGCCUCCCUCGAGCCGAGGGUGAGGCCGAGGAAGAGAGUGGCUUGGACGCAUUCCCCAGUUCUCGCGGCUGCCCGCAACCGCCAGGCGGCGGCGCCCAGAUAUAUAGCCAUGGAAUUGAACUGGCUUGCCAAAAACAGAAAGAGUUUGUGAAGAGCUCUGUGGCGUGCAAAUGGAAUCUCGCUGAAGCUCAGCAGAAACUUUGUAGCUUAGCACUGCAUAACUCUGAGUCCUUGGAUCAGGAACAUGCCAAAGCACAAACAGCAGUUUCAGAACUGAGGCAACGAGAAGAAGAAUGGCGGCAGAAAGAAGAGGCUCUAAUACAAAGAGAGAGAAUGUGUCUGUGGAACAUGGAUGCCAUUAGCAAGGAUGUUUUUAAUAAGAGUUUUAUUAAUCAAGAUAAAAGAAAAGAAACAGAAGAUGAAGAUAAAUCAGAAUCAUUUAUGCAGAAAUAUGAGCAAAAAAUCAGACAUUUUGGAAUGUUGAGUCGAUGGGAUGAUAGUCAGAGAUUUUUGUCUGACCAUCCAUACCUUGUAUGUGAAGAAACGGCUAAAUAUCUUAUUUUAUGGUGUUUUCAUCUAGAAGCUGAACAGAAAGGGGCUCUAAUGGAACAAAUAGCACAUCAAGCUGUUGUAAUGCAGUUUAUUAUGGAAAUGGCCAAAAACUGUAAUGUGGAUCCAAGAGGGUGUUUUCGUUUAUUUUUCCAGAAAGCCAAAGCAGAAGAAGAAGGUUAUUUUGAAGCAUUCAAAAAUGAACUUGAAGCUUUCAAGUCAAGAGUCAGACUUUAUUCUCAGUCACCAAGUUUUCAACCAGUGACAGUUCAGAAUCAUGUUCCCCAUUCUGGUGUUGGAUCUAUAGGUUUAUUAGAAUCCUUUCCACAGAAUCCAGAUUAUCUUCAGUAUUCUAUCAAUACAGCUCUUUGCAGUUUAAACUCAGUGGUACAUAAAGAAGAUGAUGAACCCAAAAUGAUGGACACUGUAUAAUGUGGUUAAGACUGCUGAGGCCAAGUACUAUUUUGUUACAAGAAAGGAAGAACUUGGCUAUUUUCUCGACACUUUUAUGGGUGCUGCACUUUAUUUUUGUUCGGUUUUUGAUGGAAGGGAAAAAAAGGAGUACUGAAACGUUUUGUAAAAUUUU